AACCGAUGGACGCGACGCAGGAUAUUCUAUUUGACUUUGAGUCAUUUGGGUCACCAGAAUCACCACUCGAUGAAUCUACGAAUUACAAGAAAGACGGAUUCUGUACACCUGCCAAUCUAGCUUCUUCGGCAAAUCAUGUCAAUAUUCAACUAACUGCUCAAGGAUAUCCAGUCCCGCUUGUUUUUAAAUCAAAUCAACCCGAAGAUGCAUGCAAGAUCAUCAAUUGUUUACACGAUCUACUUCAGGACAAAAAGAAUGACGAGGAACAGUGCAAUGAACUAAGUAACACCAUUUCUCAACUUAAACGAGAUCGGGAAGUUCUUCAGCAAAAGUUUGAUCUGCAAAGCCAAGAGUUAACAAAGAUAAAACGAGAAAAGGAAUUACUAGGAUCAAAAGUCGACUCUAUCCAGAAAAACCUAAAGACUGAAAAAGAGCAGACAAAAAGUAUGAAAGAUGAGUUAAAUAAAGCAAAGAACAAUAUGCAGUAUAUAAAGGCACAGUAUGCACACGAGACAAGGCGUCAUGAAUUAGAACAUGCCAAGACUCGCGAUCGACUGUCAAAAUUGAUGAGAGAAAAGAUCAAGCCAGUAUUACCGUCUAUAAUUGUGAAUGAUCCACCCCCAGGGUUGGCCGGACACCCGAAAGAGAAUGCAGCGGAGGAAGAGCGUGCUAUGUUUGAGGAUUUGAUCAUUAAGACGAGUGCGCGUGAAAUGGACGCAAGAAAGGAAAGCGAAGCGUUUAGAAAGGCAUUUGUGGCAGUAUAUUCGGCAGUACGCAACUUGCUUGAUCGUCAAAUUUUGGAAGAUGAAUCACAUACUGGAAAAGAGUCAAAACUUUCGCGUAAAGAUAUGUCUGCCUUUAGACUGCCGUUUGAUUUUGGCGGAUCCGAAGCCGUUCAACACAUUCAUGAUCUGCUGGUCAGACUGGAGGAAGAAUGGGGCAAUCAGACAAGAAAUCAGACUGUAUAUACUGCAGAAGAUGUGCUCAAAAGGGAUCGCAUGAUCCGCCAGUUAGAACACGACAUAGAGAUACUAAUUAAAACAUUUGAUGAAGCAACGGUAGAAUAUGAAGAAAAAACCAGAAUGUAUAAGCGAUUUGAAGAAGGAGGAUUUUUUGACGUGAUCCUGCCAGCAAUCCCAAACGAACAAUCAGAUUCAGAGGAUUUUGCUUUAGAAAUACAACUUGAUAGCCAAAACCGAUUAGAAAGGUUACGAAAGACAGCUUUAAAAGAUCAAAGGAGAGUAACAGACGCUGCAAUCCGGCUAGGAAAUGAACGCAAGAUGUUAAAGGCUGAGCGGUGGGCGUUUGAAGAGAUGAAACGAGAACUGAAGAUGAAAGAUAUUCUAUCGGAAAGGGAAUCUAGCCCGGAAGACACUGUUCGCCCACAACAUCCACUACCCUCUCCAUCACGACCAAGAAAAAGACACAGACCUGGGCUAGGAAAAGCACCUACCACCUAGUUAACUCAAUCUCAUAUAUUUUGCAUACAUAAAUCGGCACAAAUUUGCAUACACUCAU